AUGCUUGUCCAUGCUUACUGGAAUUAUCGAACUGUCAUGGCAUCCAUGAUCUUUCCCUGCAUUUUCUUCAUUCAAAUCUUAGCAAUCGCUUCUAAAUCCGACGCUAAAGUGUCAGCAGUCAUCGUCUUCGGAGAUUCAUCCGUUGAUUCCGGCAACAACAAUUUCAUCCCGACAAUCGCCAAGUGUAAUUUCGAGCCUUAUGGCCGCGAUUUUCCCGGCGGCACCCCCACCGGCCGAUUCUGCAACGGCCGACUUCCUCCGGAUUUCAUUUCCGAGGGCUUUGGGCUGAAACCUAUUAUUCCUGCCUACUUGGAUCCUGCCUUUAACAUCUCUGACUUCGCCACCGGAGUUUGCUUUGCUUCUGCUGCAACUGGCUACGACAACGCCACGGCCGAUAUACUGAAAGUGAUUCCUCUGUGGAAAGAAGUAGAAUACUACAAGGAGUACCAGAAGAAACUCCGAGCAUAUCUCGGUGACCGGACGGCGAGUGAGGUAAUCUCCGAGGCACUGUAUGUAAUCAGCAUAGGAACCAACGAUUUCGUCGAGAACUACUACGCGCUUCCCAAAAGAAAGUCCCAACUCACCGUUCAACAAUACGAGGAUUUCCUCAUCGGCAUUGCCGAAAAUUUCGUUAGACAGAUUUACAGCCUCGGAGCUCGGAAAUUGUCCCUGACCGGACUCCCGCCGAUGGGUUGUUUGCCGGUGCAGAGAACGACGAACUUCCACAAUCCUCUUAACUGCUUGGAGGAACGCAACAGAGUAGCCUUGGAAUUCAAUGGCAAGUUAAAAGCUACAGUGGCGAAGCUCAACAAGGAUCUUCCCGGGUUAAAAGUGUUCUUCGCUGAUGCUUAUGACUUGCUUUUUCAGCUCAUCACAAAACCCUCCCAAUAUGGAUUUGAGGUUGUCGAAGAAGGGUGCUGCGGAACAGGGUUCUUCGAGACGGGGUUUCUGUGCAACCGGCACACUCCGCACACAUGCCCAGAUGCAAACAAGUAUGUGUUCUGGGAUUCCAUUCAUCCCUCUCAAAGAACAAAUAAGAUCAUCUCAGACCAGUUAGUACCACUCCUCAAACAACUCUUUAUAUGAUUUUUCGAAUUUACAGGGACGACCAUUCCCUGUAAAUUUUAAUUUUUAUAUAAUUUAUAUUUUUAAUUAAUAAUAUAUUCAUUCUACGUUCA